GCCACUCGCUCAGUCGGCGUCUAGAGCUGCUGGGCGCUGCGCGCACUCUCCCAAGGCUCUCCAACACACACACAUCCGAAUCCAUAAACGCACACGCCCGGAUACAUUGACGAAGAAGUCGCGCGCGUGGGACUCGACGCAUUUGGUUUAGUUCCCCCGGCUUUUUUUUUUUGCAAGAUGGCUCAUUUAUGUGGAGGCGGUGGGAUGCGCACCUAAACAAGUGUCUCCUCUUGACUCAAGCUCCUCAAGCCGGACACCGAGACACAGCAGAGGAGGAAGCGUGAUUUUUUCUCUCUCGCUCACUUGUCAUUUGGAUUGAUUGAUCUGGUCGUCAAGGCUCUCAUCCCCUCCCUUACCUUGCACGAAGUGACAAAAGUUGUGUGGACUACAUGGCUUUCUGACGUGGCCAUCAGUUCUUUUUGUGUGUGCGUGCGUGUGACUGACUUGUCCCCAAGCACCCAAGGGUGCGCUCCUCGUCAUUCACCUUGUUGACGCACCCCUGAAGACCCAACGCGAGAAGGGGAGGAGGGGGGACAUAUAUCCCCAGCUCCGAGGGACACACGCCACAUUGGACCGAUCCGAGCCAAGCAGCGCCCGUUGCAAGCGAGCGUCGUGCAUGAGAGCGCUUCACCUGCAGCCACACCAACCAGGAGGAAUACGUGGCCAACUUUUGCCGUAGUGAUGCUGCAAGUGGAAAUGAUCCUCGCCGUCUGCCUGGUGCUGUGGAUGUGUGUUUUUAGCCAGGAGCCCAGUUCCAAAGUGGUGGCAGACCGCUACGCCGUCUUCUGGAACAGGACCAACGCCAAAUUCCAUCGUGGGGAUUACCACAUCGACGUGUGUAUAAAUGACUACCUGGAUGUCUACUGUCCGCACUACGCGGACUCGGUGCCCGUGGAGCGGACGGAACGCUACGUCCUCUACAUGGUCAACUACGACGGCUACAGCACGUGCGACCACACCUUCAAGGGCUUCAAGCGCUGGGAGUGCAACCGGCCACACUCGCCCACCGGGCCGCUCAAGUUCUCGGAGAAGUUCCAGCUCUUCACUCCGUUCUCCUUGGGCUUUGAGUUCAGACCGGGAAGAGAAUAUUACUACAUCUCCUCCACCGUCGCUGAGAACGGGAAGAAAACCUGCCUGAAGCUGAAGGUUUUCGUCCGACCAUCAAACAGCUGUGUGAGAACUAUAGGUGUACAUGACCGUGUUUUUGAUGUUAACGACAAAGUAGACAAUACGUUAGAACCACGAGACGACACGAGCCAUGAACCCGCCGAGCCCUCCCGGAGCGAGGAGACAAACGCUGCACCGCACCCGCCCCCCUUCAGUCGACUCGUGGCUUCACUGCUGCUCAGCCUGGCGGCGCUCUUCAUCUUAUAGCGCCCCCACCUGUCCCGGAGGGGCAAUUUACACCCAGCGUGGCCUGAAUCUGCCCAUGGUUGCAGGGAAAAGGGGCGGGAUUUGAGGGUGGAGCUUGUUUUGCUUGAUUGGGGCAUCCCAGCAGGCUUCGCAAGGAAUCCCUCGAUUUUUGUUUUUCCCCAGACAAAGUUUUAAGUGUCUCACCGUUUGUGAGUGGGGAAAAAAUCGGGAGAGACAACCCCCCUCGCAAGCCUAAGAUGCCAAAUCUAUUUUUUUUCUGACACUUAGUGAUUCUUACUUUCCUGUGACAGCGCUUUACAUUGUUUUUAACCAUUUCAGCACACACAAAUGCAGUACACACACACAAAUACACACACACACACAUGCUCAACAAAUCUCUUCAGUGUUUUGUUGUUCUUACCAUGUUGUGUUCAGUAGCAUCGUUUACAGAGUAGGAAAGUGAAGACAGUAGACUCUUAGGAAGGACUGUACAUAAGUGUGUAGGUAUCUCUCUCCGUUGUGUUGGCUUCGUGUUCUGCUCGGUGCAUAAAGUCUGACGUUUGACCCAGCGGGUCAAAACGAUGGCAGUGAAGAAAACGGACUAGCAGUUUGGGAGCCCAAGCACUGGAAAAAAUAAAUGUACACAGCCUGCACCUUAACCUAAUGAUGUCCAGUUGUUUCCUAAUUUAAUAGUAACACCCGACUGUGUCAGAGGAGGAUAAGCUACUGUAUAUACAUGACCGGGGAUGGGUAUUUGACGAAAUUCCCCAUAAUUGACAAUGGGGGAAAAAUUAACGAUGAAUUAAUCGUAUUUUUUUAAUGCAAUUUACUUUCAGCAUGUUCUGAGCUCCAAUUUCCACAACAGGGUUGUGUUGGGCAGAGGAAUAUUAUCCAUAGAACCACCUCAAUUGUGACAAAAAGACAUAAUUAAUCAACAAUCAAUUCCACACAUUGGAUCCAGUUCUUAGCUGUCGAUUAUUCAAGAAAUCCAAACCCAAAGUCUCGUGGUUUGCUGCGUAUAACAAAACAGAGAAACGUAAACUCCCAGCAGGCGCUUUGCGGGCCGCUACUAGAUGGAGGAUCGAUGUCUUUUAGGAGUUGCAAUUUCACGGCAGCAGUCACACUCAUUUUGUGUUUACUGAGCUGGACAAAGAACUGUUCUCUUGGCUCCAUCCACUUACGCUAUAUGCUCGCAUCCAUAAUCCAAAUCCAAAGAUUGAAAAUUGUUAGAAGCUUAAAGGACCCUUUCACCUCACCAGUGGUAAUGGGUCAGAUAUUAGUCCGUGGAUUCUAAAAGAGGCUAGCUGCAGGUACACACCACUGAUUCAUUGCUCUGCUUAAUUCAAUGCAAAGCACAGCAGUUCUGUCCUUUUGGCUUUAUAAAGAUAGCACUUAUAAUCAAGGAUAAGGUCACUGUGUUUAAUAACGUUCAGCUUCAUUCCGUCACAAUCGCUCCUGCUGUCUUUUUCUCAAAGAUUGGGAAAACUCCAAAAAGUGCCAAAUAAGCCCCCAGAAAACAGAAAAGUAGAUGCCCAAUGUCGGCUCCUCGUGUUGCUGAUUUAAGUGACUCUAAUGAGGUUCAAAAUGAUAGGCAUGCGAACCCCAUGUUGCCGCAAAGGGGAGUUAUUCCUGGUAUUAAAAAUAGACGGUAGAGGGCUUGAAGGAAGGGGGGUCUCAGGAGAAGGGGUGUAGAUUUCAUUUGGGGCGGCGGGGUUAUAAGGAAUCGGUGACCUUGCUGUUUGAGGGAAGUGAUGAGUGACGGAAAUGGAAUCCCGUAGGAGGGGUUCCGAGAUGUGGGGUAGCUGAAGGUAAUAUCAUUGUUAAGGGUGCCUGGUGUGAAGUAAAUAAAUGAAUAAAAAUUCAUGAAACUUUUUGGAAAAUGCAGUUUGGAAUCAUUCAUUCUUCAAAAUUGGAACGUGUUAAGGCCACACUGAAAAAUGUACAUGAGGAGAAUCAAGUCAUAAUUUUCAAAGCAAAUAACAAACGUAAAAAAAUCGUAAAAAAGGUCAACUAAUGCCCCAAAUAAUCGAUUUUUUUCCCCCCACAUAAUUAGUUUUUACAGUACAAAAUAAAGACUUGAUUCUUGUAGUUUGACAUGUUACAACUUUUUUUUGCUUUCUAUUCACUGUGGCCCUCAUGCGCCUUCAAACACUGUUCCAUGUUUGCUUAAUUCUAAUUUUCAAACGUGUCUCUGCCUUUGUAGCCUAUCAAAGCCUUUUUUUUAUUAGCUAUGCUAAAAAUGUACACUAGUUACUUAGCUGUUGCUUGACUUCAGGCCAAUGAAUGAGGUAUCUAUGUCACGAUGAACAUUUUCCGUUCUAUCAGAUAACCAGCUUCAAGUUGACCCUCUUUUGUGAUUACCAAUAUUACUGCCUGUCUUUUUUUUUUUAAGUUUGCUAUCAUCCUAUUUUAUUGUAUACCACGGCCUAACCUUGGAAAUGAGGAUCAACUUAAAAACUGGAUACUGUGUAUCCUGAGGUAGUCAACCAUCAAACAUGUAGUGGUAGGUUAUAGCAUCUGUUUUGUACCUUCUGGAUGACUAAAGUUAAAAAAAAAAAAAAUAAAAUCAUUGUUAAAACUGUAUAAUUACUGUUAUGAUGAUGAUAAAACUAUUAUUAUUAUUAUUAUUAUUAGGGAAGACUCCUUGUUGUAAAUAGUGUUUGAUAUUAAAGUAUUAAUUUGGUUCUUAUGUCUUUUCUAAAAAAAAACAACAAAAAAAGAAUAUGGUAAUAUUGCUGGGUUUUGCUGAGUGCUUUCAAACAAUGCAUUGUACGCUGAGAUCCUCAAUGCCUAAUGAAGCUCCGAGCUAAUAUGUUAAAAGUUGGUACGCACUCCAGUGGGCAGAAGAUAACCUUUGCCAUCUCUUCAUGCGAGGAUUUUAAGGACUUAACUUGGACCCUUUUUUUGUUGCCUUCAGUUUGGGAAAGCAUGAGAAAGAACUGGAUGGAAUCCGGAAGGAACUUGCCGAUUUCAUGAUGUGGCAUGCGCAUGAACUUAAUGACGUAAGAAAAAAAAAAUAGUUUUUAAAAGUUUGGGAUUUUUUUUUUUUUUUUGCUUGUUUUUCUUUAUGGUGUGUUAGAUUUUCAGCUCACAUUCACGUCGUGCAUUUUACUUUGCAUCUACGAUCCGAGUGAUGUCAUAAAGCCUUGUAGUGACAAGAUAACAAAAGUGCUGUACAAAAACCACCAGACAUUGUUGUGUACUUGCAGUGGGGCUUGGCCAUGUUGUCUUUUUUUUUUUUUUUAUAUUUUCUUGUGAAAGACUUUCUGAUGACGUCAUCCCGUGGACUUGCUGCCCAUCUCCUCGGAGGAGCGCAUCCAUGUGAAGGUUUCUCAGUUGGACGAAAAUAUGUACGAGCCCUUUGCGUUUGGUAUGUGUUUCUCAUGUGGUGCUGUUGCCGUGAAUGGGAAGCGACGAGCCUCUUUUUGGCAGCAGAGAGUGUUUCCCAUGCCUUAGACGCUCUCCACCAUUGUGCUUUGACACAACAACAAAACAGGGGCCCAUCGCCUCUCCUCUCCCCACUUUUUAACAACCCUCCGCCUCGAUCUUGUGUAGGCCUAGAUGUCGCUCCUGAGUACCAUGGAAGAACUAGUGCAUCCCCCUCACCUCCAAACAAUGGAGGUCAAGACCAUGGAUCCAGGUUGUGUGUCCCUCGUUCAUGUUUGUCUUCUGGUGAUUGUGUCGCGUCCAUUGCAUCACGCGCUGUCCUUCCUCUUUGUAGCCUGUGCUCACUUUGUCAUCAGUGGAGCAAGAUAUUUCCAAACCUGCUCUUUUCCAGUAUAUAAAUAGAGAAAAAGCCAACAAAAAUGAUCUGUAUUUGUAUAUACACGUGUCUGAGCAUCUAUGAGUAAUACAAUAAAACUGAAAAAUAUGA